CUUCACCUUCGGUCAUGAUGACCAUGUGGAUCUCGUUGCGUCUUAGCCACUUGACAAGCCCAUUUAUUGGAGAAUCGGCAUUUAUGACAUGCUCAUUCUCAUAGGUAAAAUAAGGAGGAUUCAAAAUUAUCCACCUCAAUUCGCUUUUUCCAAGAGAAAUGAUACCCCAGGUACCUUCUGGUGAAGGAGCGCCUGACUUCGACAGUGACAGUGAGGAUGAGCUGCCUCCCGGUUGGGAAGAGAGAGCCACUCCUCAAGGUCAAGUGUUUUAUGUCAAUCAUGUGGACAAGAGCACACAAUGGACACACCCUAGGACAGGGAAAAGAAAGAAAGUGGCAGGAGAGCUUCCAUUUGGCUGGAAGGAGCAAGUGGAACCUGAUGGAACUAUUCUUUUCAUCGAUACUGUCAACAACAAGACAACUUACUCUGACCCAAGACUGGCCUUUGCUGUUGAGUUGAAGGAUGAUAAGAAUGACAUCAGACAGAGAUUUGAUUCCUUCUCCACUGCAAUGCAGGUGGGCCUGGGUUGUCUUGGCUUUCAUCGUACCUUACUGGGCCUGAAAGCAUAUUAA